AUCGGCGCCUUGUCUGGACUGGUCCCGCUGGAGGAAGACGCUGUGAGGGGGCCCUGUGGCGUGUCAGCCCCAGGCUCAGAAAACUUACCUACUGUCUCUGCCCCUCCACCGCCGGCACCCCCCACCCCCCACCCAAGGCCUGGGGCUCUGGGGGCCGGAGCUGCCCUGGAGGGAGUGCAAACUCUAGUCUUCUGCCCCUGGUUGGCUGGCUCCUCUGGCUGAUGGCAUGUUGAGGCACAUGGACCAGUGUCAACGAGGGCAUCCAGUCCAGAGGGGGCCACUCUAGAGGUCAGGCCACCAGCAUCAUGGGCCAGUGUGUCACCAAGUGCAAGAAUCCCUCAUCAACUCUGGGUAGCAAAAAUGGAGACCGUGACCCCAGCACCAAGUCUUACAGCAGGCGGGGCGCAGGCCACCGCGAGGAACAGCUGCCAGCCUGUGGCAAGCCAGGUGGGGAUAUCCUCGUCAAUGGGACCAAGAAGGCAGAGGCUGCUGCUGAGGCCUGCCAGUUGCCAACGUCCUCGGGAGAUGCUGGGAGGGAGCCCAAGUCAAAUGCCGAGGAGUCUUCCUUACAGAGGCUGGAAGAACUGUUCAGGCGCUAUAAGGACGAGCGGGAGGAUGCAAUUUUGGAGGAAGGCAUGGAGCGCUUUUGCAAUGACCUAUGUGUGGACCCCACGGAAUUUCGUGUGCUGCUCUUGGCUUGGAAGUUCCAGGCUGCUACCAUGUGCAAAUUUACCAGGAAGGAGUUUUUUGACGGCUGCAAAGCAAUAAGUGCAGACAGCAUUGAUGGGAUCUGUGCACGGUUCCCUAGCCUCUUAACAGAAGCCAAACAAGAGGAUAAAUUCAAGGAUCUCUACCGGUUUACAUUUCAGUUCGGCCUGGACUCUGAAGAAGGGCAGCGGUCACUGCAUCGGGAAAUAGCCAUUGCCCUGUGGAAACUAGUCUUUACCCAGAACAAUCCCCCGGUAUUGGACCAGUGGCUAAACUUCCUAACAGAGAACCCCUCGGGGAUCAAGGGCAUCUCCAGGGACACUUGGAACAUGUUCCUUAACUUCACUCAGGUGAUUGGCCCUGACCUCAGCAACUACAGCGAAGAUGAGGCCUGGCCAAGUCUCUUCGAUACCUUUGUGGAGUGGGAGAUGGAGCGGAGGAAAAGAGAAGGGGAAGGGAGAGGUGCACUCAGCUCAGGGCCCGAGGGCUUGUGUCCCGCGGAGCAGACUUAGUGGCUCUGUCCCAGGUGCAGCAGCACGGAUCUGCCCGCUGCCCUGCAGCCAACUGAGGAAUUGGACCUUUCUGGAAUUUGCUGAAGAUCCGGAUAUUUUCUACUUUACACCUUUCUCUGCCUUGUAUCUGAAAGGGCUCUAAAAUGCUGUAUCAUGUUUUAGGCACUUUCUUCA